AUGGCCACACCCAUAAACAGCCCCUCCCCGCGCCUCGACCGCUUCCAACAAGCCCUCGAAUCCCUCUACGGCAGCUUCUCCUCCAUCCCCGACCCCUCGUCCUGGACCCCGCCCCCAAACUCCGGCGGCCACCGCGGCCGGUACCUCUGGACCGACGCCUUCGGCGUCGUCACCCUGAUCACAAUGCACAAAGAAUACGAGAAGUCGCUGGCGAGCGCCGCCCAAGCCCCAGACGACCGGUACCUGGUGCUCGCGCGGCGCGUCGUGGAGACCGUGCACGGGGUCCUGGGCCGCACGCGCGACGGCAAGGCGCGGCUGCCCGGCGCGACGGAGGCGAACCCGCUGGGCGGCGGGCUGCGGAUCGGGAAGAUGGACGAGCGCGGCCCGGACGCCGACGGCCAGUACCACCACUACCUGACGGUGUGGAUGUUUGCGCUGAACCGGCUGUCGCUGGCGACGGGGGACCCGGCGUACAAUGCGCAGGCGGUGGCGCUGGCCAAGGCGAUCCACCCGCGGUUCUUUGUGAAUCGCGAGUCGGCGCGGCCGCGCAUGGUCUGGAAGAUGGCGAUGGAUCUGUCGGCGCCGCUGGUGGCCAGCGAGGGGAAUCUGGACCCGAUCGAUGGGUAUGUGGUGUUCCGGCUGCUGCAGGGGGCGGCGAUGCAGGCGGGGGGAGGGCCGGUGCUGGCCGAGGAGAUUGCGGACUACAAGCGGGUGAUGGAGCGGAAGGGGCAGCAUUUUGUGUCGAGUGAUCCGUUGGACCUGGGGAUGACGCUGUGGACGGCGCAUUGGUUCGCGGAGGAGGAGGAUUGGGCGGCGCGGUUGGCGGGGCGGUGCUUUGAGCAGAUUUGUAUUCUCUGCUCGUUUUUUUCUCUGCGUCGUUGUUUGGAGGAUGGAAAGCUGAUCAUGGGCACAGACGAUCUGUUUGAGAUCAACCGCUACCUCGAACGCAAUAUCAAGUACCGGCUGGCGUUUCGCGAGUUCGGUACGUGUAUGGGCAUCCAGUGCCAGGCGGAACAGACCACCGAGAAGGAUCGCUCGGUCGACCUCAAGGUGUACGCCGAUGCCAUCAUCGCGGCCUGGGAUCCGUACAUGGAGCUGUCUCUAUCGACAGAGGUGACGCCGGAUGAUCUGCGGCCCAUCACUCGGAUCAUGUAUGCGGCGGCAUUGAUUCCUGGAGCCUUUCGCAGCGGGUAUCUGGGUCCUGAGCCGGAGUGUCCAGAAAAGUAG